UAAUUUCCAUGCUGGAGAGAGUUUUGCUGCAGGGAGCUAAUCCUUCCUCUACUUCUGCCGCUGGUAGACGUAGGCCAAGGCUCCCUAUGGUUGAAGGUUUGAAUAAUCUCCCAUGUGCUGUCUGCGCUAACCCCGACCAUUCUGCGCUCGUUCACUGCCGUGAAAAGAGACUUUGCUUUUUGUGCUACUCACCCGAUCAUUCCAGAGGCAACUGCCCCACGCAGGCACGACCCUCGCACUCGCCACUGUCGGGAAACUAAUGUGUCCACAUCUAAGGGAGUGCGAUGUGGAUGAAGUUAGCAACCCUCCCAAUAGUUUGACAGACGAUUUCGAAUCAGUAUUGGAGUCACUCACUUCCAGUGCCCCCACAGAGAAGACGUUUGUCUUUCAAGGCACUCACAAGGUUCUGAAGUCGGAUAGUUUGUUUUACACCACUGCCACAAUAGCUGGUGUUUCCCUGGCUGCGAUGAUUGACAGCGGCUCCACUGGAUGCACAUUGAGUGAGUCGGCUAUGGCACGAUUGUUGGUGUGCGCUCCGGACAUGAAACGUUACCCUGCAGACGACGUUGUCAUUGUUGGAUGUGGAGGUCAUCGGGUGACGCCUUCGGCUAUAUGCGAUGUGGAAAUGGUGGUGUAUGAUUGCAAGUUAGCUGUGCCUAUGUUUGUGGUGCCUGGACAGACCGAUGAUGUAAUUCUGGGCAGUAAUGCCAUUAAGAAAAUUCUCCAUCUGAUGAGGAAGACUGAAGGGUACUGGCGGCUCAUGUCAGAGCCCGGCAGCAUCGUUGACGAUGACUCACCACUUUUUCUCACUCCUUUCUAACACAGAGAGAUGGAGGGGUGUAACUGUACCUGACAAAGUUGGCACACUGAAGUUACGGCAGUGUGUGAUGUUACGACCAAGGAGUGAACAUCUUGUUUGGGCUAAGCUCCCCGCCUCUGCACUGAUGUCGGUUGGCAGCACAGUCAUAGUUGAGCCAACUCAAUCAAGGUGCAGAUCCAGGAAGAUUCUGGUUGGCAGGGUUAUUGCACCGAUGUGGGGCGAUGGAUGGCUCCCAGUGAGAGUCAUCAACCCCUCUAGUGAACAAGUGGUAUUGAAGAGAAACGCGAAGUUAGCAGAUGUGUUUCCUUGCAUUGCUGCUGAAGACUUAUCUGAGCCUGACAACGUCCAAAUUUUCUCCCAAUCUGUUAUGCAUACCGCGAGGCCAAGGUCCAAAGAAGACAUUAAGAUUGCAUUGGACAAGCUUGGGCUACACGAUCUGGACCUGGAUGCGUGUGCGGUGUCUGACAUGUGGAGGGACAGACUUUUCCAAAUCAUUGAGAGGUAUGAAUCAGUCUUUUCACGGGACAAGAUGGACUGUGGGGAGGCCUCUGACUUUGUGCACAAGAUACACCUGGUGGAUGAGAGGCCAUUCCGCCUGCCUUACCGGAGAGUGCCACCGAGUCAAUAUGAGAAGCUGAGGACGACUCUCAAUGAGAUGGAAGAAAAGGGCAUCAUUCGGAAAUCCACUAGCGAGUAUGCGUCUCCUUUGGUUCUAGUGUGGAAGAAGAAUGGGGAUUUGCGCAUCUGCACGGAUUUCAGGUGGCUUAAUGCGAGGACACAGCGGGAUGCCCACCCACUACCCCAUCAGGCUGAUGCUCUUGCCGCACUUGGGGGGAAAUGUCUUCUUCUCCACCAUGGAUCUCACCUCAGGAUUCUAUAACGUGCCCCUGUUUGAGGAUCACAAGAAGUACACUGCUUUUUCGUCUCCUUUUGGCCUGCACGAAUAUAACCGGAUGUCACAGGGUUGAUCGAACAGCCCGGCUACAUUCAUGCGGAUGAUGCUUUCCAUUUUUGGUGACAAGAACUUCAC